UGGCUUCCUUUGGCGCACGCGGAAGUGGAUAUGAACCCAGUUUCCUUUUCCUUUAUUUAUAUUUUUGAAACGAUUUUUCAAAAACAAACAAUAUUUUUCUUAAAACUUAAUAUGUUUUGAAAUUUUUCUAAGAAGUGUUGUUGAAAAAUAUCAAAAAUGGAAGAGACGGACAUUAGUGACCUUCUAAAUGUUAGGUCUAUUAAAAUGGAGAUUCUUGAAAACAGAUUUGUUGAUGAUAACGUCGAAACUUCGGAUCCUAUGUCAAUAAUACCACAGUAUAUUGUUACCGAAUCCGACUUGGGUCUGAUACCUUCGGAGACUGAGAUACUGGAAGCUCCCCUGGCCGAGUUCACAGAUAAUACUAUAGAUGAAGACACAAUACAGAGCACUGAAUCCAAUGAUGAUAAUAUAAUAGUACAGAUGAUGGACAUACGCACAAGCCUGUCAGAAUUGCGCAGAAUGUUAGAGAAGAGACUUAAUAUGGACCUCUCUGAUUAUACUUUCUGGUUGCAAGACGCCAAAGCGUUGGAGAACCACAAAACCCUGGUGGAGCAAUGUAUCAGCGGGUCGGGGGUGGUCCAGGUGAAUAUUCAGCUCCGGGCCACCCAGCGCAAGAUCAACAUCAUGGACGUGCUCAAACCCGACGAGGAGCUGAUGCAGCUGCCACACCUGCCUCACCUGCCUCCGCCUGACACCAUCCAGGUCGACGAGGAGCCUUCGGAGGUGAUCUCUCAGUCGGUGGAACAGCUCCGGCAGCCCGUGGAGGAGCCCAAGCCGCCCAUAGUCAAGUGGAUCGUAGACGAACACUUCAGGAACGAGCACAGCAAGGCGAAGAUCCCACAGGACCCCAUGGAGUGGUCAGUGCAGCAUGUGAAGCUGUGGAUUGUUUGGGCGGUGCGGCAGUUCAACCUUGCCGGCGUGAGACUAGCGGACUGGGCUCUGGCUGGGCCGCAGCUGUGCUCUCUCUCCAACACAGCCUUCAAAGAGAAGGUGCCUUCGGACCCGGGAGACUUGUUUUGGACUCACUUCGAGCUGUUGAGGAAAUGUAAAUUUAUAGCUGUGGUGCAAACGGAGGAGCAGGAGAAAGAUCCUCUCAGCCUAGAGAAGCCGCAGGUAGCCAUCAGGAAGAAACCAAAGCAGAUCCGUCUGUAUGAAUCGGAGCAGGGCCGAGCGGAGCUUAGCCCGCGCCUCGGGAACAACGGACAGAUCCAGCUGUGGCAGUUCCUGCUGGAGCUGCUGACUACCGCGGAGUACUAUGACGUCAUCCGGUGGAGCGGCAACGAGGGCGAAUUCAAGCUGCUGGAGCCGGAGCGCGUGGCGCAGUUGUGGGGGCGCCGCAAGCAGAAGCCGGCAAUGAACUAUGAGAAGCUGUCCCGCGCGCUGAGGUACUACUACGACGGAGACAUGAUCGCCAAGGUGCCAGGCAAGAGGUUUGUGUAUAAGUUCGUCUGCGACCUGCAACACGUGCUGGGGUACCACGUGGCGGAGCUAUCCGCCCUGGUCCGGGAGAUGUACGAGGAACAGCAAUGCUACGCAGACUUCAACUCCCGGUAGCCGCGACCAGUUCCGCUGGUGUCCUGGCCGAUAUCGAGCAGAAGGAAGGAAUAGCCGAUUAGCAUCAUGACUAAUUUUUUUUAUUGAGUAAGACCAUUGCGACUCCUUUGCACAGGAUGCCUGCUAGUUUAUGGGUACCAUAACGUAAAUGGUAAAUGUUGAACUCAGACACUUUAUGGUUCACCCUUCUGGCUUCUUCAUUUAUUAUUUUCCAAGUUGUUUUAUUAUGUGAGAACCAUACAUGUACAACUAUCUAGACCCCCAAUUGCCUAUUAAAAGCUCGUCAAAAAUGUCUGAGACAACAAUGAAUUAUUGCUCUGAUUCAAUUGAAAUGUUGAUUAGCAGUGGGAGGCUCCUUUGCACCGGAUGCCGGCUAGAUUAUAGGUACCACAACGGCGCCUAUUUCUGCCGUGAAGCAGUAACGUGUAAGUAUUAUUGUGUUUCAGUCUGAAGGGCGACGCGCCGCAGCUAAUGAAAUAACUGGGCAAAUGAGACAUAACAUGUUAUGUCUCUAGGUGACGAGCGCUGUUGUAGUGCCGUUAAAAAUUUUUGGUUUGUCAAGAAUCCUGAGCGGUACUGAAUUAUAAUGGGCAGGGCGUAUCAAAUACCAUCAGCUGAACAUCCUGCUCGUCCCGUCCCCUAUUUUCAUAAAAAGUAGGUUUUUAUAAAAAAAAUAAACGUUACAGAACAAUAGUGCCUAUAAAUAAACCUUAAAUAAUUUAUGCGUCUAGAUAGUCUCUUGCUGUUAGACAACCGAUAAAAAGACAGCCAGGAAUAUUGGUUUAGUGUGCGUGACUAGCUACGUCUUACACUCGCGAUUUGUAUGACGCUUUGUGUUAGUGUGAGUGAAUUUCUCAAAAUAGAGGUUAGUUAUAGUAAUUUUUUUUCGACGUUUUCACAGCUCUCUAGACGUAUAAUUAAUAAUCUAAGACAUAAAAAUUUUGUUUCCCAUAUUAAAUACAAUUGAUUUAAUUUAAAUCAAUUUUUCAUACUUAAUAGGUGAUUUAGCACAAAAAAUAAACUUAAACAUAUUUCAAAGUUUUAAUACAGUGAUGUUAAUCUUAUUAAACAAAAAAGUUUCAUUAUUUUUAUAAUUAAAUUUAGGCAAAGAGGAUAUAAAUAAAUUUAUACUAGAAAAUUUAUCAUUAUGCAGUUGAGUAGCACGAUUAAUAUAACGGUUAUUGGUAUUACAAGUUCUACGUUUGAAAGUAGAGAAUAGGAGUUUUUAUUAUAAACUAGCUAACCAGACUGACGUUGUUCUGUAUAUAUAAUAAAUAAAAUAAUGUUUUUUAUGAACUUGUCAACAAUAUUUCAUAAGAUCAAGAAUUAUUUCGUAAAAUAUGCUCCCUGUUGUUAUAAUGAAAUUGUUUCACAGCAGAACUGUCAAACCGUGUGUCAAUAAAUUCUCUUACAGAAAAUAUGUCCAUACAAAAUAAAUAUUGAAAAUAAAAUAAUUGUUGACCUCAAAUCGAAAUAAAAACUAACCUAUUUCUCAAGUUGUUUAAGAUAUCCAAUAAAUCAUUAAUUCACCUUGUAUAAUUUGUGCACAACGUGUAGAGAGACAAGCUAGCUUGGUACAUAACAAAGAAAAAUAAAUUGUAUGAAUUUUUUAAAUUAAAAUGAUGCAUUUUUUCAUGUUUUUAUUAGGUAUUUAAAUGUUACUACGUUAGUUUACUAACGGCAAUUUAAGAAAUUGUGUAUUAUACUUAUUGUUCUGUUGCAUUUGUUCACACACACGUUAUGAAAAAAAGGACUGUGUAACGUGAAGUUAGUUACGAAUGAAAUUUCUACUUAUUGUAAUAUGACUCAUACAAUGGGAAUAAGUGGGUGCCGCGCAGAUGGCCUUGCGUUGAGCACCAUCACUAUGGGAUUACUGGUAUCGGCUGCAUACCAGUGAUACCAUAAGUCACAUAUUAUCUCUCAAAUAUGUAACUGUAAUAAAACCGGCAUUAUUGUCACAAUAAGUAAAGAUGCGACAUAUUUUGUACAAAUAAAGUUUAUUAUUGUUAUAAA